AUGGAAAACUUCCAAAGAGCCUCAGUCAAGUCUUGCGUCAAAAUCUAUCUAUGCACCAAUCCUGAAGACUCUGUCGAGGAGAGAAGGGCCCUGAGGGAGGAUGUCUUCCCGAGAGUGAGGGAGCACUGCCGUCGUACCCACGGUUUGGAGUUCAGGGUGAUUGACCCAUAUGAGGGGCUCACACCACAGGAGGUGCUGGACCCCAGAGCACAGCAGGUUACACUGCAGUUGUUGGAGGAAUGCAGGAAGAACUCUGCUGGACCUUUCCUUGUGGCCCUGGUUGGCGGACAGUAUGGCAGAGCAUGCUUACCCACAGAGGUGGAGGUCUCGGAGUUCCAGGAAGUGCUGAGAACAGGCCAGCGCAUGGGCAUCUGUACCCAGGUCCUGGAGCGCUGGUACCAGAGAGACGAGAACAUCAUACCACCUUCUUUUUGUCUCCUAGGCCACCAGCACCAUGAUGAGGUCACGCCCGCGGGGAAUCAAAGGAAGCCCCACACCAGCCUCAGCAUUGACUCCGUGCUGCAGGACUCAUCCAAUGAACGCCUGAGCCAACUUUGUGACCAUUUUCUGCCUAGCUUGGUCACUUCCCAUAAGCUCCUGGUGUACACUUCCACUUCAACAUAUGAGCUACCACAAGGCUACACAGCGGAGAUGAGGAGGUGGUACAUUGAGGGGCUGUGUCAGCAGCUCCAUGCCGACCUGCUGAGCCUUAUCGACUCCACUGUCACCGGGAAGCCCGCUCACCUUGACGAUGCCCUCUCUCAGGAGCUCGUUCAGCAGACGGACCUGUGCCAGAUCUAUUCUAGUCUCUACAGGAUUGAAUGCGCUGAGGUAGAGCAUGUCAAAGCUUACCUCCAAGAGAAAGAUACAAAAUAUCCUCUCAUCCUUAUCGGGGGGCCUUGCACAGGCAAAACUGUGCUUCUUGCUCACUGUGCCCAACAAGUGAGGACAUGGUUUGAUGGCCAAGACCCUGUGGUGGUUAUUUAUUUUAUUAAUGAUCGCAACAGCACUGUGGAAAAGCUUCUAGAAAGUUUAUGUUAUCAGCUGGCCAAAAGCUACAACCUACCCCACCACCAUUGUCCCUUGCACAUCAGCCACCUGAAAGAGGACUUCAUAAGACUCCUGGCCACAGUCUCUUCCUCACCACAUCCCUUGGUUCUCAUCUUAGAUGGACUGGACCAGAUGCCAGGGGCUGACAGAGCUCAGAGUGUCUGGUGGCUUCCUGUUUCCCUACCUGUUAAUGUCAAGCUUCUCAUUUCCACAGCACCAAAAAAAUCAGGCACGCUCAAAGCCCUCAGAGCUCUGUACCCAAAAUCCUCUCUGUUCGUGGAGGUGGGGCCAAAGACGAGUAGGGACUGCAGCAGGAUGCUUGUGGACCUCAUGGUCUCCUGCGGGAGGAGGAUAACCUCGGGUCAGCAGAUGUACGUCAACCAGGCCCUGAGGGAGUGCUCCCUCCCACUCUACGUCCAGCUCCUGCACAGACAGUUGUGCACCUGGAGGUCGGAGUCAGAUGUCACAGAGAAUUCCUUGACCAAAGGGAUCCACAACAACAUCAGGCAGUUCAUGGCCCAGCUUGAGCAGAAACACGGGAAAAAGCUGGUCUCCAAAGCCAUGUGCUAUCUCACCCUGGCCAAAUCAGGCAUCACAGAGGCUGAGUUAACUGACAUUCUAUCCUGUGAUGAUGAUGUGCUUUCUCAGUACCUUCCAUUGAGGAAAGCCGUGCCCUACAGGUUUCGAGUUCCAGAGGCCAUAGUGGAAAAAAUGCUGCAAGACUUAAGGGGAUUCCUGACAACACAAAAUGUCUGUGGUUUUCAGGUGCUCUUCUGGCCCAGCAGACACUUUCCACUAGUCAUCCGUAAGCUCUAUCUGUGCUCUGCUGAAGUGGUAAGAGAUAUACACAGCGCCCUGGCUGACUACUUCAGUGGCCAGUGGUCAUACGGCAGGACUAAGCCAGUGCUGAACAGCUGGGACCGUGUCAUGCAACCCGAACCAACCAGCACAUCGCCAACAAAAAUUUAUGUGGAUAGACAGAUUCCUGGCCAGCCGUGGGUCUUUGAUUCCUCCUCCUCUGAGCAGGUUGGCUUUAAUGUGAGGAAGAUUCUGGAACUGCCCUUUCACCUGAAAGCAAGUGGCAGGCUGGAGGAACUGAGCAGGGAUGUGAUAAUGUCACCAGGGUUCCAUCAGUCCAUGCUGAAUGCUGGUCGUCUGGAGGAGCUGGUGUGUGAACUCGAGGAGUCCUCCAUGUUCAUCUCCAGCCAAGAGCUUGAGCUUCUUGCCAGCAUCGUAAGAGAUGCAUCCUGCUUGCUUCGAGACUCCCCCACAUAUCUGACAACAGUAAUGCAGGCUAAGCUCUUCCCAUUCUUGGGUGUUUUGCCGGGGCUGGAAGGCUAUGCAAAGCAGAUCUACCAGGAGGGUGUGAGAAGCCAUGGAGUGAAUGUGGUCCGGUCCCCUGUUGCAGAGGUGCCCUCUGCUCACUGGGCAUUGCCAGAGUUGACUGCAACCCCUGUCAGGGAGGUGUUGGACACUCAGGGCAACACAGCGGUUAUGCUUCUUUUCGAUGGCUCUGUCUGGACGUGGAAUGAAAAUGUCACUGGGGGCUGUAAACCUCUCCAUUUGUCAGAUUUCAAAAUCUCAAGCGUAAAAAGUUGGGGUCAUUUCCUCAUGCUGUCUACAUGUUGCAACAAGACCUUCUUGUACAACCUGAAAACACUCUCAUGUGUUUGUGAAAUAAAUGUUCAUAAGUUUGUCCCAAGCUCACCCACAGAGCCAAAUGUUGCACUCCCCAUCCAAGGUUUUGUCCUCUUUGGGAGCAAAAUGAUUUUGUGGUACAAAGAUGCAAACUACUUGUGGAUGUUUGAUGUAACAACAGGUGUGAGAAUAGCACAGCUACAAUGCCACCACACUGUGACUUCUGUGUCAACCUCCAUCAAUGGACAGUUCAUUUUCUGUGGGCAAGACAAAGGUACAGUCUCCAUUUUCAACAUCCGAAACAAAUGUCACCUUGCAACUCGAAGACACAGCGGAGUGUCCAUCAUGAGCAUCCUUCACUGUGAGGACGACGAUCUGAUGGUGUGUGUGAACAGAUUUGGACAUGUAUUUGUGUGGGACAUAGAGACCAUAACCGAUCCCCAGCUCAGACAAAAAUGCUGUAAUGCAGAGGAUCAAGAAGAGGUCUUAAACACAGAGCAUUCACUGGAGAAUAACACCCUCCUUGUUUGUAAGAGAAGCCAGAUUGCGCUGUGGGACACCCGUGAAUGGACAUUAGAUGAUCAGUUCAAUGCACCUCAGGGUAGAACAUUUAUCCAAGCUGUGUUGGCUAAAGAUGGUCUUCUUAUCAUUGCUUGUUUAGAAAACUGUCCAUUCUUGCUGGUGUGGAAGAGGACCACUGGCCAGUGUAUUUUGAGCUUAGACAUUGGACAUACCCAAGCCCUCAAAAUUCUCAAAAUUGGGUCAACCUUGUCAGUUGUGACUACAAACGGUGUUGUCACUAACUGGGACCUGGAUCUGAUUUGGGGCGCCUCUAUGGUCGCAAAAGCCAGAGCGCGAGUGGAAAAUUUGGUGGUGGAAUCUACAGGGCAGCGCUUCUACACUUCAGAUGGAACUGAGCUGGUGUGGAAGUGGGAUGCCCUCAGCAGCAGGGCUGAGGGCUGCUUUUUACAUGACGGCUGGGUGGAGACCUUUGCCGUCUCCACUGACUGCGAGCGUCUGGUCAGCGCAUCCUCAGAAGACAUCUAUGUCUGGCAGACCACCACGGGGGAAAACCUCCACCGUAUUCGCAGCGCUGGCGUGUGUGACUUGCUGAUCACCCCCAACUGUAACUUUGCCGUGUCCCUCUGUAAGAGUAACCUUUCUCCCGUGUGGAAGCUGGGGACUGGCCAUGUGGUGUGCAAUGUUCACCUGUAUUUGAGGAAUGCUGUCAUCUCCCCUGAGAGCACCUUCAUCCUGGGCCUAUACAACUGCGACCUCCUGGCGGUCAGUCUAUGGUCAGGGUGCAUCAGCAAGAGGUUCUCCUGCUCAGGACAAUCUGAAGUCAUUGCCUUCCAGCCUUUACUGGACCAUACAGACUACGUGGUCUUAAUAACCAUCUCUGGGAGCCUGUACACAUGGAACGUAACGGAAGAAACAGUGUGCAAGCAUGUGCGCUUGCCCAGUGCCCUCUUGAUCAAACCAGAGCUAUUUCAGGUCUCUAUGGAUGGGUGUUAUGCUGUUUUGUCCACAGCUGGAGCCACCAUCAACAUCCUGGACACCCUUAAUGGGAAACUGUGCUCGCUGCAGGCUGAAGGUCAUGUCCUGAUGGUCUGCUUGGACAUCACCGGAUGCUAUGUCAUCUUCAUCUGUGACGUUGACAACCCUGGAGGUUGCACGUGCAGUCUCCAUUCUAGGCCAAUUCUGAAUGCAGUACGCGUUUCAGACGGGAAGAAUGUGGGCAGGUUUUACCUGUGUAAGUCCCCCUCUGCUCUGAGCCUUGCUGAAGACCUCUGUGCUUAUGUGGGGUUUGAGGAUGGGUCUGUGGGGGUCUAUGCGAUUACAGAUGCAACAGAGAGCAGUGUCAUGGUUGGGAGAUGCCUCCGUUCGAUGGGCCGAGGGAUGUCCUGUCUCUGUGAGGAACCCCAGCGGUGGUCUCCCCUUGCAAAGCCCAGCAUCACAUGGAUGAAUUCUGCCACAUAA